AUGAAUCAAUCUUUCCUUGAAAAAGUUUCACAAAAUAAUAAUGCCCCUCAAGAUGAAAAUAAACAGGUGAUAUUGGGCAAAUCUUUAGAUCCCAACUCUUUACCCAACGAGAUUAAACAUAUAAGAGAACAGCUACUUAAAGCCAGCUCUCAACUAGUAUACAUUUCAGAAGGUGAAGAACCUUAUGAAUUUGUAUUUAUUUUGGCAAAAGAGGUAAAAAAUUUACCAGAAAACUCAAAAGAAUUUACAAAUUUAAUUCGAGCAAAAAACAUUGAUUUAUUGAUAGAAGAUGAAAAAUCAAAUCAACAUUCAUCAGAUCAUGAAAUUGAUUUUCAACAAUUUUUCAAUGAAAGUGUUGCUUCGUCGGCGGAAGACCUAUAUGGAAUGAAAGAUGGGUACAGAGAAUUAGCUAAAACAUUCUUGGAUAUUUUUCAUAAUGAAGGGAAUAUAAAAAUUUAUAGGAUUGGUGCAAGAAGAGUUGGUUUAUAUAUUGUAGGAUUGGUGGAAGACUUUGGUAUUGCCGGAUUAAAAACCUUAAGUAUUGAAACAUAA